AAAUAUCUAUUUUAGACCCUACAGGUUAAAAGGAUAUAAAUAUUGUCAUGUAGAGACUUUAUUGUAAAUAUUUCAUAUGUGUUUAAAAGACAAAAAAAAGAGUUCAAAUGCAUUAAAAAUGUGUUUAAAAUCACAAUAAAUAGAAGUCAAUCAUAAUUUAAGUGUUCAUGGAGUUAUAAGUUACAAGAAAACCAAAGGUUUGUUAUCUAAUGUGAAACAAGGAAAACUUUGUAUUUGCUUCAAGUUGUUUUACAAGUUCAUUUUGGGUUGUCAAUCUUGUAUUUUCUUUUAUCCCAUUGGUUGAUGUAAACCUAUUGUCCAAUCAGACGUGAGGAAGGCGGGAUCUAAGCGAGGCAGAAGGAAAAAAACACUAACUAAGCUAGUGAGAGUUGGCAGCAGCACGUUACCAGCGCAGGUUGUGUACCAGAGCUAACGGGAGAAUAGUAAAAUAAUAGCCGUGGAUGCAGAGUCUACGUUCGUGUUAUGGACUGUUUUACCCUGUGAUGAUGGACCGAGAGGAAUUCUCUGGACCCUUCUGCUGUGGAUAGGAUUUCCGUGUGUUUGUCCCAGUGUACUCAGCAGCCCGGGUAUACCGCUAAUUCCGACCACGUUGACGAGUGGAGGCCGCAUGGUCACCAACCGAGCCUGCCCCUCAGCUUGCCCUCGCACUUAGCCCAAAGGAUUUGUGAGUAGACCUGAGCACGUGCGGUUUGUUUUCUGCUUGUUUAUCAAGUGAAGCGGCCAUUUGUGUUUUCUGGUCCAACGAGCCCGAGCAACGAUCAGGCCUGCAACGGUUUCAGUGAAUGAGUUCACAAAAGGUUACAAAAUUGAACUGAACUUAAAGGGGAAUAUUUUGGAUAAAUAUGUUGUUUCUAAAACAUUGACUGUGAAUUGUGAAGAGAAAAAACCCUUCAAUUGAAUUGUAAGGAAACAUUUCAAUACUUGGAAUAUUGUAUUUUUUUUAUUUAUUUAAAUCAUAUUUUAUUUUGACUAAAUCUUACAAUUUGAAUUUAAAGUUUUGUGUGUCAUAAUUAUUAUUUACAGAGUUUAUAAGAGAUAAGGGUUACUAAAAAGGUAAAAAAGAGGUUUAACAUGUUAGAUAAAUUCAUUAUUCUUAGUGAAGAUUAAAUAAAACUCAUUAUUCUCACUAAGUGGAGGCACCGCCAACAUUAAGAUUUCUAAGUAAAAAGGUUAAAACUGGUUAGUUAUUGUUUCUCCUGUUUACCAAUAAGAUUAAGUAACGUACCCAGGGCCCCGCUCAUAGUACUAUCACCACCUUAACCGAGGGUUAAUCCUGAGCUACUUGAGUUGGGUGCUACACAUUUGGAGGCACUGCUGGGAUGGUUUUGUUGUUUUAUGUCAAUUUUAAGUUAUAAGUAAAUCUGCUGUAAUCUCAAAAGUAUCUAAGAGUAACACUGGUCCUAUAAAGUAACUUCAAUUAAUUUCUUUCGUCCCCCUACGUAAAGUAACUUGUUAAAACUAUGGCCACUAAAAGUAAUGUUUCACAACCAAAUCUUGCAAAUUGGUGCAGAGGUGAAGGGCUUGAUCAGGCACAUGCCAUUCUAGUUAUUGGAGUGCCUGAAGAGGAGGACAUAUCCACAGUAGAAGACACACUCGAACAAGUAAAAACCUUGGGCAAGGUAAGAGUAAGAGGAAAAAUGUUUGAUGCCAAUAAUCAAACCCUGACCAUGUUAUGUGAAUGCCGUCAAGAAGUCGAUCCUACCAAAGUUCCACCAGAGGUGAUUUCCCUUAAAGAAGGAAGUAAAUGGAAAAUAGUUGUUGCAGAACAAGAAACGAACUCCGACCUAUUCACCGAGAAGUUGGACAGAUUUCUACGUGAUGAAGGGAAAACAUUGGAGGAUGUUAAAAGACUAUGUGAUCCUAGCACCUCGUGGAACAGCAACCCUGAGUCAAUCAUUCGGGCGGUAGGUGAUGUUUUGCAGUCCAAGCCAAAUGAAAGCAAUUUAUACCGGCGUUUUAGAAUCUUCUCUGGAGUCCACCCUACUCCACCUGGUGAAGACAAUUUGGACAGCUGGUUAGAACAAGUAAAGUUCAUGACUGAUGAGUAUGAGUGCUCAGAUAAGGAGAAACGCAGAAGGAUUAUUGAGAGUCUCAAAGGGCCAGCGCUGGAGAUCAUUCAAGCAGUGCGCAUGUCUAAUCCCAUGGCAAACCAUAUGGAUUACUUACAGGCAUUGGAAAGUACCUUUGGAACCUCAGAAUCCGGUGAGGAAUUGUAUCUCACAUUCAGAGCUAUGCAUCAAAGACAAGGUGAGUGCUUGUCUAACUUCUUGCUGAGACUGGAAAGAUCACUGAACAAAGUAGUGCAGAAAGGAGGCCUACAAGUGGAUGAAGCCAACAAAGCAAGGCUAGAGCAACUCAUUAAAGGUGCCACUGAAUCAGACUUCCUGCUUCUUCAGCUAGGUCUAAGAGAUAAGCGAAGUGAUCCUCCAACAUUUUUAAGCCUACUGAAAGAAAUUCGAGAAGAAGAGGAGCGUGAAGCUGCAAGACAAAAACUCAAAAAACCAGCACAGAGACAGCACGUGCAUGCAGUGCAAGUAGCAAGUGAAACAGACUCCAAAGACUGUCAGCAACAUGAUUUUCAAUCCGAAAUUCAAGUGCUAAAAGAAAAGCUGAAAGAGCUCAACAAGCAGUCUCAUUCUACAGAGUCAAGCUACAAAAAGAUGUCCAGAGAAAAGAAAAAAGAGAAAUCAGACAACGAAGUGCAACAGUUAAGAAAAGAAGUCAAAGAGCUGAAAACACGGUUAAGUGUAAUGUCAGUAAAGCCACAACAUUAUGCAAAAGAGAGAGGCCACUAUUCUAAGUUCAAAGCAGACUUCAGUCCAAAAUCAUCUACCUUUAAGUCAAAGAGUAGUAAAGAGUCAGAUAAUUUCUGCUACAGAUGUGGAGAAAAUGGCCAUUUUGCAAACAAAUGUACAGCUCCGGAAAAUGCUCAAAAGGUAAUCAAAAAGCUUAUUCAUCAAGUGCAUGGAAGCCCACAUGGACAAAGUCAAAGUACAGAUGCUCAAGAUCAGUGUGUUGCUCGAGUUAAUACUACCAGUGUUCCAACUCAAAGUGUCAACAUACCGGAAGGUCUUAUUGGUCCAUCAUCCAUAGCUCCUAUUAAGGUCAAUAACAUCUCAUGCCAUGGUCUUAUGGAUUCAGGGUCAACAGUGACCAUUAUCUUUGAGGAUUGGUAUAGAGCCAACAUACCAACAGUCCCUAUACAGCCCAUUUCCAAUCUAGCCAUCUGGGGCCUAUCUGCUGAGUCCUAUCCCUACCAUGGGUAUGUUGUAGUAGAGAUAGAGUUCCCUGAGGAUGUAGCAGGUGUCAAGGGUCCUCUUAACGUCCUCGCUCUCGUCUGUCCUGAGCCCCCACAAGGUCAUGAAACCCCUAUAGUGGUUGGUACCAACGCUUUUCUGUUCAGCCGCCUAUUUCAGCUGUGCAGAGAUAGCGGUAGUGAAAACAAAGUCAGCUCCAUGAGGAUACAGGCAGUUUAUGACAAAAUCCAAACUCAGUCCUUAACGUCCCAUGCAGCCGACGAUCCCAUAGGGCAAGUGAAAUGGCAAGGUCCAGGGCCACUUACCAUUGCUCCCGGAGAAAAAUGUUAUGCCACGUGUAAAGUAGAGCAGAAAAGAACUAAACCCCAAGAUGUUGUUUUGGUUGAAGCACCUGCCAUGCCCCAACUCCCAUCCGGCGUGUUGGUCCAGCCAGGUGUUCUCCGUGAAAGUGACAUGGAUGAGAACAGUUUCAUGGUUCUACUACAGAAUGAGUCAGAGAAACCUACCUCUAUCCAAGUCGGCACAGUUAUUGCCGAGAUGCAUGCAGUGGACGUAGUCACCGACCCUAAAGUUUUAGAGUCUGAAGCUAGUACCGUAGCUCCCGAACUCUUUGAUUUUGGUGACUCUCCUGCUCCAACAGAGUGGAAGAAAAGACUACAGCAAAAGCUAGCUCAGAGACAUAAUGUUUUCUCUCUAGAUGAAUGGGAUGUUGGAUUAGCUAAAGACGUAGAACAUAACAUCCGCCUUAGCAACUCCACCCCCUUCAGAGAGCGUUCACGUCGUUUAGCUCCGGCUGAUAUUGAUGAUGUACGACAACACCUACAGCAGUUGUUAGCUGCAGGCAUUAUCAAAGAGUCUCGAAGCCCAUUCGCAUCACCUAUUGUUGUAGUGCGAAAAAAGAAUGGCUCCAUCAGAAUCUGCAUCGACUACAGAACCUUGAACAGUCGUACGAUCCCCGACCAGUAUACCAUCCCUCGUAUUGAUGACGCCUUAGAUUGUCUUACAGGCAGCAAAUGGUUCUCCGUCCUCGAUCUUAGGAGUGGGUACUACCAAAUUGCCAUGUCCGAGCAAGAUAAGGAAAAGACUGCAUUUAUCUGCCCCCUGGGGUUCUAUCAAUUUGAACGAAUGCCACAAGGCAUCACAGGAGCCCCAGCCACUUUUCAGCGGCUCAUGGAAAAGGCAGUGGGUGAUAUGCACCUUCUCCAAGUGCUGGUGUACCUUGACGACAUAAUCGUCUUUGGUAGAACACUCGAAGAGCAUGAGCAACGUCUCCUCAAAGUCUUAGAUCGCCUUGAGGAGUUUGGUCUGAAAUUGUCGCUUGACAAAUGUCAGUUCUGUCAGUCCCAAGUCAAAUAUGUUGGUCAUAUUGUCUCAAAAGAUGGUAUAGCCACCGAUCCCGAAAAAGUAGAGGUUGUCAGGAACUGGCCAGAGCCAACAGAUCUGAAAACCCUUCGCUCAUUCCUCGGUUUCUGUGGGUAUUAUCGCAGAUUUAUUGCAAAUUAUUCAAGCAUUGUCCGCCCAUUAACUGAGCUUACCAAAGGUUAUCCACCUACUCAGAAAAACAAGCGAGCUCAAACCAAAGACCCAACCAAAACCUACCUCAAACCUUCUGAGCCGUUCAAAGAGCGAUGGGACCAGUCCUGUCAAGCCGCAUUCAGAAAAAUCAUUGUAUGUCUGACCAAUGCCCCUGUUUUGGCAUUUGCAGACUCCACCAAACCUUAUGUCCUACAUGUGGACGCUAGCCUGAACGGUUUGGGUGCCGUGCUCAAUCAAGAGUAUCCUGAGGGCCUUAAGCCUGUUGCUUUUGCUAGCCGAAAGAUCAGUGACUCAGAACGAAACUAUCCGGUCCAUCAACUUGAGUUCUUAGCACUAAAGUGGGCGGUCGUGGAUAAAUUUCAUGACUAUCUUUAUGGAGCUAAGUUCACGGUUAGAACCGACAACAAUCCUCUAACCUACGUGUUGACCACUGCAAAGCUAAAUGCUGUUGGACAUCGUUGGCUUGCAGCUUUAGCCACAUACGAUUUCAACAUCCAAUAUCGUCCUGGUCGUCACAACAUAGACGCAGAUCUAUUGUCCCGACAACACACCAAUGACACUGAAUGGACAGAUGUUCCACAAUCUGCCAUAAAAGCCAUCUGUAAAAAGGAAUCUAUCUAUGAAGCUACUAAGUCCCCUGUCAGGCUAGUAGACCAACUUGGAGUUCCUACAUCCGUGAUUCCAGAAGCUUAUGUCCUUCCAGUAAGCCUAAAAGCAACUUUGGAAGAUCAGUUGACUCCUACAGACUUACAAGUUGCUCAAGAUCUGGACCCAGUCAUUGGACCAGUCAAACAAGCCAUCCAAACUGGAAAGCAACUUAUCACAUCCAAAAAUGCACCACCUGACAUGUCUUUGUUAAGUCGUGAGAGCAGGAAACUUGAACUGAGAGACAAAAUACUAUAUCGACAGAGAAAACUGGCCAAUGGCACAGUUCACAAACAACUGGUUUUACCAGAUCGAUACAGAACAAGUGUAAUGAGAUCACUACAUGAUGAAUGUGGACAUCUAGGAGUCAAGAAGACAACAGAACUCCUCAAAGACCGUUUCUAUUGGCCACGCAUGAAUGCUGAUGUGGACCAGUACAUCAAAACGUGUGGACGUUGUGUCUCUCGCAAAACUCUACCACAACGGUCGUCUCCCCUCAGUCAAAUCACUAGCAAAGGUCCUUUAGAUCUAGUCUGUAUUGACUUUCUCCAGAUUGAACCAGAUAACAAAGGAGUUGCUAAUGUAUUAGUAGUGACCGAUCAUUACACAAGGUACGCCCAAGCAUUCCCUACAAAAGACCAAAAGUCAGUCACAGUUGCAAAAGUAUUAUGGGAGAAGUACUUUAUGCAUUGCGGAUUACCUGCCCGGAUACACUCAGAUCAAGGUCGAGACUUUGAAAGCCGCCUUAUCAAAGAGUUCUUGUCUAUGCUAGGUAUCCGAAAAUCACGUACUUCACCAUAUCAUCCGCAAGGAGAUGCUCAGCCAGAACGUUUCAACAGAACCUUGCUAACAAUGCUUGGAACUCUUGAAAAGGUACAGAAACAAAACUGGAGUCAGCACAUCAGCCAGUUAGUACAUGCCUAUAACUGCUCAAAAAAUGAGUCUAUUGGAUAUUCGCCAUACUAUUUAAUGUUUGGACGUAAUGCCAGAUUACGCAUUGACAUUUGCUUUGGUGCCGUUCUUGAAGGUGACGCGGAGAUGACUCACCUGCAGUAUGUUGACAAAAUGAGGAAAGAACUCAAACAAGCAUACUAUCUAGCUACCGAGAAUGCAACAAAGAACCAUUUGAGGAACAAGUCACGUUAUGACCAAAGAGUAAGAGACCAGCCGUUACAAGAAGGAGACAGAGUCCUGAUAAGAAAUGUUGGCCUUACCGGUAAACACAAACUGCAAGACCGAUGGAAGUCAAUACCUUACAUUGUCAUCACACAGUUGCCGAACCUACCUGUGUACAAGGUAAAACCGGAACAAGGAUCUGGAGGUGUCAAAACUCUACACAGAGACCAUCUGCUACCAAUCGGUUAUCUUGUCAGAAUCGCAGAUAACUCAGUUUCACCUGAAAGAGUAAGAACACCAGUUACCAGAAAACGUCAUGCCAGCAGACGUCAGAUACGGGACCAAGAAGAUCGAUUAUCUGAUGUCUUGCCAGACUCCGAAUCUGAGAACGAGUAUUUUUACAAGUACCCCACCAUUACCAGUGACCAUAUUCAGAGACAUGAAGUCAGACCCGACAGAUCUAACACAGAACCUAUUCCCUCUGAUAAUUCCCCCUCAUCUGAAAGUGAACCGGAAUUGGAGGAAGGACCUUCUGAAAGUUCCCAUGUAGAGGAAUGCCAGCCAUCAAAUGUGGAAGGAGAUACCAGUGAUACGGCUGCAGACGCCGAGGUCGAGUUGAGGACUCCCACAAGACCUAAAACUCGAAAGUCAAAGCGAGAGGUGAAACCAGUAAUCCGUUUGACCUAUGACAAACCUGGAACGCAGUCUGAGGAACCUGUGACUAUUGUACACCAAGGCAUGGUCAUACAGUUGAACCUGAGUAGCACCAGAGAUAAAAAACACCAUGUAAAACGCUCUAAACACCCAAGGCAUUACUCUGAGCCUAAGUCUAAAAUCCUGCGUUAGAUGAGGACAUCUAAAUGUUUUAGACGGGGAGGGUGUAGCCUGGUCUCAAAUAUCUAUUUUAGACCCUACAGGUUAAAAGGAUAUAAAUAUUGUCAUGUAGAGACUUUAUUGUAAAUAUUUCAUAUGUGUUUAAAAGACAAAAAAAAGAGUUCAAAUGCAUUAAAAAUGUGUUUAAAAUCACAAUAAAUAGAAGUCAAUCAUAAUUUAAGUGUUCAUGGAGUUAUAAGUUACAAGAAAACCAAAGGUUUGUUAUCUAAUGUGAAACAAGGAAAACUUUGUAUUUGCUUCAAGUUGUUUUACAAGUUCAUUUUGGGUUGUCAAUCUUGUAUUUUCUUUUAUCCCAUUGGUUGAUGUAAACCUAUUGUCCAAUCAGACGUGAGGAAGGCGGGAUCUAAGCGAGGCAGAAGGAAAAAAACACUAACUAAGCUAGUGAGAGUUGGCAGCAGCACGUUACCAGCGCAGGUUGUGUACCAGAGCUAAUGGGAGAAUAGUAAAAUAAUAGCCGUGGAUGCAGAGUCUACGUUCGUGUUAUGGACUGUUUUACCCUGUGAUGAUGGACCGAGAGGAAUUCUCUGGACCCUUCUGCUGUGGAUAGGAUUUCCGUGUGUUUGUCCCAGUGUACUCAGCAGCCCGGGUAUACCGCUAAUUCCGACCACGUUGACGAGUGGAGGCCGCAUGGUCACCAACCGAGCCUGCCCCUCAGCUUGCCCUCGCACUUAGCCCAAAGGAUUUGUGAGUAGACCUGAGCACGUACGGUUUGUUUUCUGCUUGUUUAUCAAGUGAAGCGGCCAUUUGUGUUUUCUGGUCCAACGAGCCCGAGCAACGAUCAGGCCUGCAACGGUUUCAGUGAAUGAGUUCACAAAAGGUUACAAAAUUGAACUGAACUUAAAGGGGAAUAUUUUGGAUAAAUAUGUUGUUUCUAAAACAUUGACUGUGAAUUGUGAAGAGAAAAAACCCUUCAAUUGAAUUGUAAGGAAACAUUUCAAUACUUGGAAUAUUGUAUUUUUUUUUAUUUAUUUAAAUCAUAUUUUAUUUUGACUAAAUCUUACAAUUUGAAUUUAAAGUUUUGUGUGUCAUAAUUAUUAUUUACAGAGUUUAUAAGAGAUAAGGGUUACUAAAAAGGUAAAAAAGAGGUUUAACAUGUUAGAUAAAUUCAUUAUUCUUAGUGAAGAUUAAAUAGAACUCAUUAUUCUCACUAAGUGGAGGCACCGCCAACAUUAAGAUUUCUAAGUAAAAAGGUUAAAACUGGUUAGUUAUUGUUUCUCCUGUUUACCAAUAAGAUUAAGUAACGUACCCAGGGCCCCGCUCAUAGUACUAUCACCACCUUAACCGAGGGUUAAUCCUGAGCUACUUGAGUUGGGU